AUGUUGUAGUUAUAUUUGAUCUUGCAGAAUGUCAGUGUUAUCACUGAUGUUAAAGCAGCUAUAAGCAGUUUUUUCCCUCACCAGCCUCUCUUUUUUUUCUCUCUUGAAGAAAAAAUACGCAGCUUGAAACGUUACUGAGAAUCCAGGAAAACGUAAACUCCUCUGUCCUGUAGUGGUGGGGAAAAAAAGAGAAAAAUGUUACAGCUUUACAUCUGAUUGUUACAAAGUGCUGACACUGGCGACUCCUUCCGUAAGUGUUAACUAAACGCCUGCUUACAGAAAACGGCACCGUAUCAACAACUACACACAUUUUUUAAUCUGUCCACCAUACCAUACCAUACUUGUGUACGUUGUUACUACAGAAACGAUGACACAUUAGAACGAGUGUAUUAAUAUAAACCUGUAAUUUACAGCCACACUUCUUAUAGAGAGUGAAUCAACACCACCUGACCAAUCAGAUUUGAGAAAUAAACAGCGCUGAACUGUAGGACAGUUAGAAAUUCGCCCCCUGGUGGUAGUCGUAAUGCGUUCAAAAUUUAUUUUCGUGGUUAUAAUGUCACUAGUCACAGUACUGAAGAUGGAUGAAAAAUGAUCAUAUCUUUUUAAAAGCAGAGAGUGGUCAUAUUGGAUAAAAUCAUAACAUAGGCGAUAAAAUAGUAAUAAAGAACUUGACAUAAGCGAUCGAAUCGCGAGACCUGGAGAUGCAUACCAGUAUUGAUGUAGGUGUAGAGAGCAUGACUGACAGGACAGGACAAAGCUCUAUGGUGAUUAUGUAUAAACAGAUUAUACAUGGGGAAACGUUGAGGUGUGUGUAUACGAGGCUUACGACAUGAGCCGGAGGUCUCUCUGUGUGUGUUGACAGGCGCUCAGGAUUAGAGGCUGUUGCGAAAAAUGAUGCCGUUGGCCUCUUAAAAUAGAGGGAGAAGGGGACACUGAAGAAAACAAAAGCGCUGCCGCUACAUAACGGUGGCUCAGAGUGCGACCGGACCUGAGACACAACACAUACACAUGCAGACACACUCACACAGACGUGUUCACACAUACAUGCAUACAUACAUACAUACAUACCGAGCUGAAGCAGGAGCUGAGAUGGCUGUGACAGGAGCUGAUGAAAUGCCCCGGCAGUUCCCCAAGGUCACGCUGAGUGACGUGGACGAGGAGGUGCGCCUGCUGGCCGAGAAGGUGUACGCCUCUGCGCUGAAGGAGGAGGAGAAUAAGGACGCCAUUUCCAUGUACACGGUACCUGAAGACUGUCCCAUUGGCCUUCAGCAGGCCAAGGAAAGGGAGCUCCUCCGGGAGCUGGCCGAACAGCAAUCUGAGGAGACGGCCAAGAGGAAGAAGAGUUUGAAGAUGAUUCGAUCUCAGUCCAUGCAAAUCCCUGUUUGUGUGGAUUGGGCAAGAGCUACACCCACUCCGCUCGUGUCCCCAUCCUCCACCUGUCCCUCCAUCCCAGACAACUUCCCCGAGUACCAGAGAGUCACCAUCAGUGGGGAUUACUGUGCUGGGAUCACCGUUGAGGACUACGAGCAAGCAGCUAAAAGUCUUCUGAAGGCAUUAUUCAUCCGGGAGAAAUACUCGAAGCUGGCGUACCACCGUUACCCCCAAACCACUGCCAGGUUCUUGCGCAGUGCUGAGAACCUGAAGUGGAGAGAGGAAGAUGAAGUCCUGCCAGACAUCUGUCCAUGCCCUCAGGAAGGAGAGGACCCCUACAGCAUGGAGAACAUUCCGGAGAACCUGAGCUAUGAGCUGAAAAUGAAAGAUGGGAUUAUAUAUGUGUAUGACAAUGCGGUGGCUCUCAGGGAGAACAGACCCCACUGUUUGCCGUACCCUGACCUAGAGACGUUUGCCAUCGACAUGAGCCACGUACUGGCCAUGAUCGCAGAUGGACCCACAAAGACGUACUGCCACAGACGACUGAACUUCCUGAGCUCGAAGUUCUACCUGCAUGAGAUGCUCAACGAAAUGGCUGAGCUUAAAGAACUCAAAGGGGUCCCACAUCGAGAUUUCUAUAACGUCAGGAAGGUAGACACUCACAUCCACGCUGCAGCCUGUAUGAACCAGAAACAUCUGCUUAACUUCAUCCAGAGUACCUAUAAGACAGACGCAGACCGAGUGGUGCUGGAGAAGGCUGGACAGAGACUGACCCUCAAACAGGUCUUCAACAACCUCAACAUGGACCCUUACGACCUCACUGUGGACUCGCUGGACGUCCAUGCUGGCAGGCAGACAUUUCAUCGCUUUGACAAGUUCAACACCAAAUAUAAUCCGGUGGGAGCGAGCGAGUUACGAGAAAUCUACCUGAAGACUGACAACUACAUCAAGGGCGAGUACUUUGCACGUUUGAUAAAGGAAGUUGCUCAUGAUCUGGAGGAGAGUAAAUACCAGCAUGCUGAACCCCGCCUUUCUAUCUACGGACGUUCCCCGGAGGAGUGGGAAAGCCUUUCCCGUUGGUUUAUUCAACAUAAAGUCUACUCCCCCAACAUGCGCUGGAUCAUUCAGGUGCCCAGAAUAUAUGAUAUUUUUAUGUCACGGAAGCUGAUUCCCAACUUUGCCAAGAUGCUGGAGAACAUCUUCCUCCCCUUGUUUGAGGCGACUGUGAAUCCUCAGAAGCACAAAGAGCUGCAUGUGUUCCUCAAAUAUGUGACCGGCUUUGACAGUGUGGACGACGAGUCCAAGCACAGUGAUCACAUGUUCUCUUACAAGAGCCCCAAACCUGAGCAAUGGACCACCGAUGAGAACCCGCCUUACAGCUACUACCUCUUCCACAUGUAUGCCAACAUCAUGGUGCUCAACAAUCUGCGCAAGGAGCGAGGUCUGAGUACCUUCCAGUUCCGUCCACACUGUGGUGAGGCCGGCUCCAUCACUCAUCUGGUCUCAGCUUUUCUCACUGCGGAUAACAUCUCUCACGGCCUCAACCUCAAGAAGAGCCCCGUCCUUCAGUACCUGUAUUACCUGGCCCAGGUACCCAUCGCCAUGUCCCCCCUCAGUAACAACAGUCUGUUCUUGGAGUACUCGAAGAACCCGCUGCGAGAGUUCCUGCACAAGGGCCUGUGUGUGUCUCUGUCCACUGACGACCCCAUGCAGUUCCACUACACCAAGGAAGCCCUAAUGGAGGAGUAUGCUAUCGCAGCCCAGCUCUGGAAGCUGAGCACAUGUGAUUUAUGUGAAAUCGCCAGAAACAGCGUGCUGCAGAGCGGCCUCUCUCAUCAGGAGAAAAAGCACUUCCUUGGGGCUGACUACUUAAAGGACGGACCCGAAGGGAACGACAUCCGGCGCACCAACGUGGCGCAGAUCCGCAUGGCCUACAGACACGAGACGCUGUGUAACGAGCUCAGCUUCCUGGUGGACGCGGUGAAAUCCGAGGCCCUGGGCUCGCAGACAUAGUCACAGCAACACAUCUGCUGCCAUAAGACUGUAGCCAUACAUACACACUUGCAUGCUGCCUUGUACACAAGACUGCACACAUCAGGUAUUACUUAAUUGCUGCUGCUCGGGUUAGUGGAAGAAAACAAAACAAAACAACCUGCCUCACUGUAAUCCACACUGCAAGUCUUCCAUGUGAGUCCAGGUCUGCAUGCGUGUUCACUGUGGCCUGCAGUUUUGCACUGAGCAGUACAUCCUUGGAGAUGAAGUGCAUCAGGGACUGAGGAGAUGCGCAGUAGAAAGCCAAUGCAACGGCGCCCCCUGGUGGAGGCGAUCAUACUUUCAUCAACAGACUUGAAACAGGGAAAACUGUAGAUUAUGCUUUUAGAGUGGUUUUGAGUGUGGAAUAUGUGCAUUAUUUAUAUAUAUAUAUAUAUAUAUAUAUAUAUAUAUAUAUAUAUAUAUAUAUAUAUAUAUAUAUAUAUAUAUAUAUAUAUACACACACACACACACAUACACGUACAUGCGCAUACUAGAUUCUCACCAGUAGAACAAUGUUAUAAUGAGAUCUAGGACCCGAUCUAGAUCCCAAUGAUGCUGAGUGAAGAUACAAACACUGGACCUCAUUUAUUGAAUGUAUAAGAUACUAUAAGAACUUGAAAACAAUGUAGCUUUGUAGCUAAUGUGCUGUCUGUUCAUCCAACACCCUGAAAGCUUUUCCGUUGCAUCUAGUGGCCUUUUCUUCCAUUUAACUCAGAAUUCCUACAAUAUUGCACAUACUGUAUAUAAAGAUAUAUAGCACGUUAUUCUUUAUUAAUACCUGAAUAGUAUGGAGAGAAAAAAAGCAAAUGUAUCUUUAUAUUGUUAUAGUGAUAAAUAAAUUGUUUUCUAGGA